UUUCCACCUCAAACACAUUGAUUCCCCCAUUCCAAAUCAGCGCCUUUGUUCCACAAACCAUGAACUGCGCCACUGAUCCACCCAAACUCAGAGGAUCCAAGUCCCGUGUGGUUGCCUCUCGCUUCCUUUCCCCUACCUCCACACCCACCCAUGAUUCCCCCCUCCACUCUCCCAACAAACCUUUAUCCCCUCUCCGCCGCAAAUCCACCUCCACUGACCCCAGAAAGCAUCGCAGCCUUGAAGACCCUCCCUCCGGCUUACUUGGAGGCCUUUGGCCUUCAUCUACCACCACCACCACCUCUUCUUCAUCUAACCCGAAAAAGCUUGAUACUCUCGCCGAUUUUCUUGGGAACGAGAGGCUAAAAGAUUUUAUCGAGCGAAAGAUCUAUGAGAAAAGAACAAAUAGCGUCCCCUUUUCACUUACCAAGCAAACAAGCCAUUCAGAAUUCAGUAGGUUUGUUGAGAAUGACAAGCAAAUUAGUGCCAAAGAAAAUCAUAGGCCUUCUGUGGGAGGAUCCAUGAGGUACACAUCCAAGCUGGGUUUCUCCAGAAAAUCCUCCUCCUCUUCGUCUUCUACUUCAUCAGCUUCGUCUCCCAAUAUUCUACCUGGAAGGUUUUCUGUUGACGAGAGUGCUCUUUAUAAAAAAACAUCAUCUUCUCAGAGAAAACCAGAUUCCAUUACUGAUAAUUCUCAUGUUCUUGAUUCUGAUCCUGAGAUUAGUGAUCCAUGUUCAGCCUCGAAUAAUGAUUCUCCAGCUAUGGCUAAAACUGAUUCUUCUUUGAGCGAUAGAAAAUCAGGGAUAGAAGUAUGUUCCAAGUAUUUGAAAGAUGUACCAUCAAGGAAUAGAUCCAGAGGAACUACUUGGGAUUCAAAUAAUCUCAAUCCAGUGUCAGCUGAUAGUUCUCCUAAGAUUAAAAAGUUCGCCAUUAAAAAUGUCAUACGAAGGACUAAUUCACAUGGCGCUUCCCCGUCUCAGUGGGCAUUGUCACCGGGGCGGUCUGGGUCACCACCAAUGUCAGUUGAAAGCAAGGUCAAACCGAUGUCAUUUUCGAGCUUGAAACCACCUACUAGUCCUUCUAGGACCAGAGGAGUGGAGAAAUUCUUGAAUUUGGGAUUAAUGGAUUUGUUCAAGAGCAGGAAGUCAUCUCCUCUGCAAGUGUGUUCGGGUGAUGUGGAAAGUGUCCAUCAAUUGAGAUUGAUCUAUAACAGUUCGAUACAAUGGCGGUAUGCAAAUGCUAAAGCCGAUGCGGUGAAUAGGAACAUACAUAAUCAAGUUCAGAACGAUCUGUCAUCCGGGUGGAAUAGUCUUAUGAAGCUGCAACAUUCCGUGGUACAAAAGAAAUUAAAGCUUCAGAAGGAAAAGCUUGAGAUCAAGAUGGACUCUAUACUUCAAUCUCAAAUGAUGGCAUUGGAGUGUUGGGCAGAUAUGGAAAGACAGCACUUGGCAGCUAUUUCCAUGACUAAACAAUGUCUGCAUUCUGUUGUUUGUAAAGUGCCUCUCGUAGAAGGAGCAAAGGUUGACGCACCAUCAGCUUCAAUGGCACUUCGACAUGCAUUUGAUCUCACAGCUUCCAUCAAGACAAUGCUAACAGUUUCCUCACCAGGGUUGGUACCUCAGAUUGAGAAGACCGUGUCAGUGGUUUCGGAACUAGCAGAGGUGGUUGCACAAGAAAAGCUACUGCUGGAGGAGUGCCUUGAACUUUUCAGGAUGAUAUCUAUUCUAGAGAUUCAGGAGAGGAGCUUAACGUGCUGUAUUAUUGAACUCAAUUCACAGCAAAGGCAGAUACAGCAACAAACAGCAUAAGAAGUACUUCCAUGCAUCUGCAAAUAGGGGGAAAAACAGAAAACAUUUAUAUCGCCUGAAAUAAUAGCC